UACAAACAAUCACUCUCUCAAACUAAAAUUCACUCGUAAUAACUUCCCAAACGACAAUUAAUGGCUACUUUUAUCCGAUUCCAUACCCCAUACUCGACAAUGUCAACUGAAUCUAGUUCAACUUCCGAUUGUAGCACCACCGCAAGUUUUUCCGACGAGGAGCUCCUCUUAGCUUCAAGAAACCCCAAGAAGCGAGCCGGGAGGAAGAAGUUCAAGGAAACACGCCACCCUAUUUACCGGGGUGUGCGGCGGAGGAAUUCCGGCAAGUGGGUAUGUGAGAUCAGAGAGCCGAAUAAGAAAACGAGGGUGUGGCUGGGGACGUAUCCCACAGCUGACAUGGCAGCCAGAGCUCAUGAUGUGGCGGCUUUGGCUAUGAAGGGGCGAUCAGCGUGUUUGAAUUUUGCUGACUCGUUGUGGCGGCUGCCGGUCCCGGAAUCUAGUAAUGUGAAGGACAUUCAGAAAGCGGCGGUGGAGGCCGCUGAGGCUUUCCGGCCGGCGGUUGAGGUGGAAGAGUGCAAGGAGUUGGCGGCGGUAAAUGGGUUGUAUAUGGACGAGGAGGCGAUUUUUGGGAUGCCGGGGUUUCUUGCCAACAUGGCGGAAGGACUGAUGGUACCACCACCUAUGACCGUUGGAUACGACAACUGUGAGGAUGACGUGGAAUUUAGUUUUGACGCGUCAUUGUGGAGUUUCUAGAAGUUUAGCCAGAUUGAUGGAUACGCAAAUGUGCCAUUGAAACUUUGAAAGACUCUUAGAGUGAAUAAAACAGACUAUUAUAAUCAAAUAUUAGUUAAAAAGUACUAUAAUGCAUAUGUUUUUAAAAAGGGAUCAUCACGUCUUUUCAUAACCAGGGGGGACAUAAUAUAAAGCCAGGAGGAGUAUAGGCUAUCUUUCAAAAAUUUCCAUCAGUUUUAAAUUUAAAUACAUCUUUUGAUAAUUAGGGGUUAAGUAGUCACCUCAACACCAUAUAUCCCUCACAUAAAAUUAAAAGGGAAUGAGAAAGAGGGAAAAAAAUGGUGUGAUAAUAUGUUAACGUCGCUACCAAUACAUUAUACACACAGACAUCAAAAGGUUUAUAACCUACCUAUUCGAAAAGACAUCAAGUUCUAUUUUAGGCAGCGAAUAACUGAAUAUAUGUUGAGGUAUGUUCGAAAUCAGAUCUAUCAUCGAGCCCAAAGAUGGUGUGUUAGUAUAUAUGCCAAUAAUUGCAUUUAAGUUGACAUAAACCCCUAAAAAAUCGUUCAUGUAUCGUUUUAAGGAUAUUACUUAACCAAACAAGUCAAAUUGAUGUGAUUCGGUUAUUACUUUUACAUGGUUCUACCACUUAAAUACAAGAAUUGAUCCACCCAUAUGUAAAUAGCCUUAUACCCCAAAAGUCCAAAACCAUAUACAUGUUGAUUAAAAAAAAAAAAAACAAAACCAACAAAAAAA